AUGUGGUAUCCGCCUCAACAGCAUUGCCAGCCGCCGCCGAGCUGGCAUGGAUAUGUCAACAAUUUUUCGUCGCAACAACAGCAGCUGCAGCAACGAACUUAUGCGAGGACUACAUAUUAUUGUAAUACUGAUGAGUCACCGAUUACAAAUCGAGCAAAUACUCAAGUAAUGUCAAGAAACGAUAAGAAUGAGUCAUUCGUUCAGUUUAAUCCAAUACACACCGAUGAUUUUAACGUGGCUGGUAUCGACUAUCACAAUACUCAUUCUACCGGUUCGUAUAGUGAUGAAAUGUCGUCACCAUCGUACCAAACACCGAAUAAUAAUCCACAUUGGAGUCCAGUUAUAACUCCAUCGACAAAAACAUUGAUUACUCCACAGGAAAAUCCUUCGCCUCCGAUUCCUAUUACUAGUUCACCUUCAUCGCCUUCUACAUCAGGUUGUUGGGAUUGGCUCCUUUAUUCGCCGGAAUUCUACUCUCAUUUAUAUAUACCAUCAUCGUCUUUCGUUCAACAACAAAAACAAGAUGAUGAUCUCGAUUUAUUAGCGAGAUUACCAACGUGGUUGCUCGCUUUACUCUAUCCAUCGAUGCAACAAUACCAUGCAAGGGACGAUGAGAAUGAUAGUGAUCAAGAGAUAAGUUCUCUUAAUAAUUAUCACGACGAGGCACCAUUAUCGAUGAAUAUCGAUAAGUCAAUUAAUAAAGUCUCGUCAAAUUUAUCCUUAUCGUCCGAAAAUACUCCUACGAAUAGUCAGAAAGUGCCACAAAAUCGCUCAUCAACACCUGAUACCGACGAUGGAUAUCAAUCAGCUAGUGACGCUAGUCGUAGUGAUUGUUCACAGCAAUCAUCUUUGCAAUAUGAUCAUCAUAAUAGUAAAGAUGAUAUUACAAUGAACACAUCUUCAUCGCUUGUGCCAAAACGCAUUUCAUAUGCAGCUGCUGUCAAACCUAUGGCAGCAUCAAUUAACAACAAUAAUAAAACAAGUCCAUUAUCAGCACAUAUUAUUAAAACAAAAAAUAAUUCACCAUUAUUAGCCAUCAAUGAUGUGUUAAAUAAUAAUAAUGGGCAAAAAUUAAAAUUUGUUGCUCCACGUUUUGAACGAAUGCAUCAUGCUAAGCAAUAUUCAUCUUCGACAACGACAAAUAAAGACCCACCGUCGUCUUCAUUGACAAAUCGGCCGCAAAUUCGUUCGAAUAUUAAUAAUAAUAAUCAACGUAAUCAUAUUAAUAAUUCAGCAAAACGUCGUUAA